AUGGGAGGUCUUUGCACACUGCUAAGCAGAGAUGGCUGGUUGUUCUCAGGACUCCGGCUGGAGGGUGUAUACCGGAAAGGGGGUGCUCGUGCCCGCAGCCUGCGGCUCCUGGCUGAGUUCCGGCGAGAUGCCCGGUCAGUGAAGCUCCGACCAGGGGAGCACUUUGUGGAAGAUGUUACCGACACACUCAAACGCUUCUUUCGUGAGCUUGACGACCCUGUGACCUCUGCACGGUUGCUGCCACGCUGGAGGGAGGCUGCUGAGCUUCCCCAGAAGAAUCAGCGCCUGGAGAAAUACAAAGAAGUGAUUGGCUGCCUGCCACAUGUCAACCGCCGCACACUGGCCACCCUUAUCGGACAUCUGUAUCGGGUGCAGAAAUGUGCAGCUCUGAACCAAAUGUGCACACGGAACCUGGCCCUGCUGUUUGCGCCCAGCGUGUUCCAGACGGAUGGGCGGGGGGAACACGAGGUGCGGGUGCUGCAGGAGCUCAUCGAUGGCUAUGUCUCUGUCUUUGACAUUGAUUCUGACCAGGUAGCUCAGAUUGACUUGGAAGUCAGUCUUAUCACCACCUGGAAGGAUGUGCAGCUGUCUCAAGCUGGAGACCUUAUCAUGGAGGUUUAUAUAGAACAGCAGCUCCCGGACAAUUGUGUCACCUUAAAGGUCAGUCCUGAGGGACUGAAGGGGAGAUGAGAGGAUGGUGGGGAGCAGGAGCAAUGGCCUGACCAGCAUGGAUUCUCUGCUGUUGCCCUGACCCCAGGUGUCCCCAACCCUGACUGCUGAGGAACUGACUAAACAGGUACUGGAGAUGCGGGGGACAGUACCUGGGACAGACUUGUGGGUGACAUUUG